CCAGAGAGAAUGGCUGCUCACUAAUUAAUCCUCUUUACACUCCUCAUCGCUGCUGCACUGCUUCCUCACAGUUUUGGACUUCCUUUCAAAGCAGGUGGUGAUCUACAAUCCUGCCGGAAGAAUUCCACAUUCUCUCUCUCGAUAACACAUUUACCUACUUUAUUAGUCCGUUAUGGAGAAAGUCCUGUCUGUGGAAUGAUCGAAACAUCGUAUUCCUGCUUCCUGUGUUGUGCCUGAAUUCCCUUUUUUGUACGGAUUGUAUGCAGCGGAAUCUGGAAAAAAUGGAUCGUUAUGUGCUGGCUGCCCAUAUCAAGGCUAAACCUGAACACCAGCAACGGAUACACCAAAUGCAAAACAGAACAGGUCAUCGUCAUCCACGCCAGGAACUGAAAAUUGGUACCAUGCCAUGGUGACUUUUUCAGAGACAACACCGGUCUUCCCAAUGGAACUGCGUGAACCCCCCUGCCUGACAGCCACUCUGUCGCCAGGCUUGAGGCGUAAAAAGAUGCUGUGGCAGAAUGCCGUAAAGCAUAUCAUCAUCCAGCAGGAGCUUAGCGCUCAGGUCGGCGUGGAGCCAGCUCGCAAAAUCUUUGUGACGGAUGCCUAUAUGGAAGAAAUCAACCGCCAGAUCCGCAGCAAGGCUUCACGUGGAGUCAAACGACGCUCCUCCACAUUUCGGGUACACCCUGCCCACCUCCGUGGCUCCAUGAGCCACAGUAUUGGAGGGUCAAGCGGGAACGAAUACGCCAGCGAUGCCGACUUUUUUGUGCACUGGGGCCGCAUUAUUCACGGUAUCUACAUACCCACGUUGAGACACACCUUCAAAUCCAAAGACCUGGAAAAACUCUACCAGCAACACUCCUCUCACCAAAGACGUAACUCCUUAGCCAUCACCAAUGUGAUCGAUGCCGUGGCCAAACUGCAGAUCUUGGUUUUGUACCUGGCUUUGGCACCUGAGGAGGUCAAGGAACCCCUCCGAGGCUGCUUGACGUGCGCGUUCAUGGUGUUUGCCAUCGCGCUGUGCCUCGUUGUGCUAACCUUCAAGGACUCCAUGUCACCGAGGUGGCUUCAUUACACCGGCCUGGCCAGCUGGCUCUCACAGACCACGCAGGUAUUGGGAGGACUGGUAUACGGGCUAGAAAAAGACCCGUCGUGGUACCUUUUGUUCACGCUGUUUGCCACGUACACCCUGCUGCCAUUACCGCUUAUGUGGGCCAUGUGCGCCGGUUCACUGACGUCGGCGUUGCAUCUAAUAGUGGAGAUCAUAUGCUUCCGGAAUGAUACAGUACUUCUAAGAAAGGUUUUUGCCAAAGGCCUUCUGUACCUGGGUAUGAACACAGCCGGAUUCUUCAUUCACUACCUGACCGAUCAUUCACAGCGACAGGUGUUCUUAGAAACACGUCGUUGCAUCGAAGGUCGCCUCAAACUGGAGCAAGAGAACCAGAGACAGGAACGUCUAGUGUUGUCCAUCUUGCCCCGGUUUGUAGCCUUAGAAAUGAUUGCUGAUAUGAGCUUAAUGGAUGAUGAGCUCAUUCCUCAAGAGUUUCACAAGAUUUAUAUUCACCAGUACAAAGAUGUCAGCAUCCUUUUUGCAGAUAUCAAGGGCUUUACUCUGCUAUCCAUGAACUUGUCAGCUCAGGAUUUGGUUCGAACCCUCAAUGAGCUCUUUGGACGAUUUGACCGUUUGGCCGAGGAGCACCAGUGCCUACGAAUAAAGAUACUUGGGGACUGUUAUUAUUGUGUGUCCGGGGUGCCAGAACCUCAGCGUGCCCACGCCCGUCACUGUGUCGAAAUGGGGCUGGCUAUGAUCAACACCAUACGUUCUGUCCGCAAGCAGCUCAACUUUAACAUGGACAUGAGGAUUGGCAUCCAUUCAGGCUCCGUCCUGUGUGGGGUGCUCGGCCUACAGAAAUGGCAGUUUGAUGUUUGGUCUUGGGAUGUGGGCAUUGCUAACAUGUUGGAGGCAGGUGGAAUACCAGGGCGCAUUCACAUCUCCAAGGCUACUCUGGACUGCCUUGAAGGCACUUACAAGACAGAGGCUGGACAUGGCGCUGACAGGAACGAGUUCCUGCGGCGACACAACAUCGACACGUUUCUCAUUUGUCCUCAGGAGGACAUACAUAUAGUUUACCACAACGAGCCUCGCAACGUCCAGAAAACAAGUCGAGCCCAUGAAAUUCCAUUUGGCAGUGCCAUUGACAUGAAUAGUAUCUUGGCCUCAUUCACAAAUGGAUCGCUGCCCAACAUAUGGCCAUCCACUUCCAAAGAAAUCAACGAGCGCAUCAAACACGCCAUCGAGGUUCGCAGCAGCGAGCGGAUGCAUAAGGAACACAUCACUCCUUUCUCGCUGGUAUUCAAGGACGCACACGUUGAGGACAAAUUUUCCCAGAUGAGAGACGAAAUGUUCAACUCCAACCUGCUCUGCUCCUUCAUCCUGCUCCUCUUUGUCAUGGCCGCCCAGGCCCUCAUCCCGGCGCCCAGACUGUUUCCAGCCAUCCUGCAGUUUUCCCUGUUUUUACUCACCUACACGUUGCUGCUGCUGUUGGCGCUUGCGGAGGAGUUCAAGUGGAGCCCCGCCACACUGCAGCAAUUCUGCUGCUGGAUCCACGAGAACAAUAAGGCUCGGAACACGCUCACCCUCACCGCUGUGGUCAUCAACUUUGGUUUAGCCUCUACGGACAUUCUAUGGUGCAUUCUCACAGACACAGAAGUGGCUAAUGAGAUGGAAAAGACAAACGCGGCUUCACGUUCACUCACCGUCUGUUCGUACCCUGAGGUAACCAUUCGAAUUUCUAAAAAACACCAAACUUGGAUUCUUCGAGUUGAAAUAUCUCUUCCUUGUCUUCUUCAGGUGUUUGUGCUGAGCGGUGUGAUCGCCAUGGUGACGUGCGCCGUGUUUCUUCGUCUCAAUUCCCUGCUGAAGCUGGCCGUGUUGCUGCUGGCUGUGGCCGUCUAUUCCUACCUCAUCCAUCUGGCCUUCCUUUCUCUCGCACGCCAAGAUAUGCCGCACAGGUCUCACUAUGUGAGGAGAAAAGGGAUCGCCAUCCUUCUCUUGGUCAUGUUCAUUGUCGCAGUAUUUUACAACGGACGCCAGUGGGAGGCCACCGCCAGGCAGGACUUUCUGUGGCGUCUGCAGGCUCAGCAGGAAGUGGAGGAUAUGAGGGAGCUGCGGGAGCACAAUGAAUGUCUCCUGCACAAUAUUCUGCCGGUGCAUGUGGCUCGGCACUUUUUGGAUCGCAGCAAGAAUGACGAGGAGCUUUACUCCCAGUCCUAUGAUGAAGUGGGGGUAAUGUUUGCAUCUAUUGCUGGAUUUAAUGAGUACUUUGAGCAAAAGGAGAUCAGACACGAAGGUGUGGAUUGCCUCCGACUCCUCAAUGAGAUCAUAGCUGGCUUCGAUGAGUUGCUGGAGGAGUCAUAUUUCCAUUAUGUGGAGAAGAUAAAGACCAUAGGGAGCUGCUAUAUGGCCGCCUCCGGUUUAGCGCCAGACAAACAGACGUCUAUGGACGAAUGGAAUCACUUGAGCGAACUGGUUCUGUUUGCACUGGCAAUGCAAGAGACUUUGAAGGAGAUUAACAGGCACUCUGCCAAAGACUUUCAACUGCGUGUCGGCAUUGCCCACGGGCCGGUGGUAGCGGGUGUGAUCGGCGCCAGCAAACCGCAAUACGACAUCUGGGGGUCCACGGUGAACUUGGCCAGCCGCAUGGACAGCACGGGGGUGAGCGGACGCAUCCAGGUGCCAGAGGCCACCCGGAGAAUCCUGGCAGAGUGGGGUUUUGUCUUGGAGCUGCGUGGAGAAAUCUUUGUCAAGGGGGUGAGCGAGUGCCGUGGCAAGGUCCGUACUUACUUCAUCAGCACCAUGCGCAGCAAGAGGGUCAACGCCGCGACGGACGGACGCCCAGGGGGCAGGAUGGAUGGACGCAUGACGCUGGCGGGCAUCGUGUUCAGUCUGGUCCAGGCGAGACACAAGGAGAAGCUGAGGGAGACCAAUGGCGGGUUCACUCUGUCAACCUGCACCCUCAAGUGCUGAUGGGACAACCCAAAAAUAGUGACAGAGAGCAUAAUUUACAGUGCUUUGAAUUGUUACAAUGAAGAAAUUGGCAAUUUUACAAGAUCAAUAAUCUUUUUCAUCAGGGUUUGAUACCUAUAAGGCAAAAUACAGCAUACCUCAAAACAACCACAACAACCUCUCUAAGAUUUUCAGUGAAGUAGAUAGUUUUUUAAAUGGUUCAUCUUUUUCAGUAUGUAUUUUUAACUUGGAUUUUUGGAAUGUGGGAGGAACCAGGAGUGCCCAGAGAAAACCCACACUGGGACAGG